AUGGGAUACAAGGCGAAGAACAAAUCCAAGGACAAGGCUAAAGCGGCCUCAAAGGGAUCUCAUCAAGAUUCAUCCCGCAGUAAUCCCACUGUUCGUCAGGACAGAAAUCCCACCAAUAUCCCUGUACAAAUUCAUGAGGACGAUGAUAAAUAUGGGUAUGGGCUGAAAUCAUCUAAACCUGGUGCAUCCGCUGUGGAAUCUCCAGAUUUGAAUAGGAAAGAAUCGGAUGAUUCCCAGCCUGCUUCUUCUUUACCUGGUGUUCCGGAAUCCCCUGACUCGAACAAAAAGGAAUCAAAUGAUGGCAACCCAGUUGCUUCUCAAACUUCUGUUCUGGAACUUCCCAAUUCACAUCAGAAAGGUAUCAGCACUUCUGCUACUCAACCUAGUGCCUCUCCUGCUGCACAAUCCCCUGACCUGAUUAAAAAAGAAUCAAAUGAUCCCAGCCCUGCUGCUUCUCAACCAGGUGGAUCUUCUGUUCUGGAAUCCCCGGAUUUGAAUAAAGAUGGUAGCUACACAUCUGGCAAUGGAGCUGAAGAGAAAAAAAUGGAGAAGGAAACUUUGAUCUCAAUGGAAAAGAAAGGGGUAGUUGAACCAAAUGGGACUAAAUGCGCAAUCUGUGAUAUUGACAAACCGACUAGGUACAUGAAACAGGCUGCUAAAUGCGGACACCAAUUCUGUUUGGGAUGUUUCAACAAUUAUGUUCUUGGAAAGAUUCAGGAAGUCUUGGAUCCCAGUGUGUCAUGCCCAAAUAAGGAGUGCACUGAAAUCUUGAGUGACGAUGAAAUCUUGGCUCUUCUUAAUCCAUGUACUAAAACGAAAUGGCUUCUUGUUCAAAAUUAUCAGGGAACAAAGGAGAUCGAAGCCAAAGUCACUGCCCUUUCAUCCAGUGCUCGAAAAUGCUUGUCGAUGAUUGACAAUAUUCCUUGA